CGCGUUCCCCACGAGCCCCCUCCGGCACGGACGCGCCUGCCGGAAGCGGCCGGGGAGGGAGCGGAGCCGGAGCGGCUCUUUCCUCCGCUGCCCUGGAGCGCGAUGGUGCCCAUUGCCUAGCUUCGGCGCGGCGGCGGGAUGUUCACGCCGGGGGCGGAAAACUUCCUGCGGCAGGCCAGGGAGAUCCAGGAUGAAGAACUGCGGAGAUUUAGUUCCCGAAUCACAAGCCUUCUCCAGAAUCAUGACUUGGGAAAUGAUACCAUUGACUGUUUACAGAGACUUUUCCUGAUUGUUUCAGCCACAAAAUAUGGCCGGAAGUUGGAUGGCAAAUUUGUAGAGCUGUUGCAGACAGUGCUGUGUUCGCCCAAGUGUCCUGAGCAGGUUCAGGCUCUGUGUGCUGCCAUUUUGAGAGAGAUGUCACCCAGCAAUUAUCUGAUCCUAUCCUGCGAUGAAAUCCAGGAUGCAAAGCUCUUGAGUCUAGUGUCCUCCAUCCUCUUGGCUCAGGGAAAUAAAAAGGCUCAGGUGUCAGCAGUGGGGCAGCGUGUUGUAAAAGUCCUGGAAGGGCGACUGCCUGAGGGUCAGAGUUCACGGCACUUUCUUCCUCUGCUCUCCAAGAUCAUCAGUCUAUCGCCAGCAAACCUAACUGAAGAUCAGACCAAUCUGGUCAAUAAAAGGAUGGUGGACUGGCUGAGAUAUGCAAGUGUUCAGCAAGGAGUUGCACUGCCCUCUGGAGGCUUCUUUUCCAAUCCCAGGGCAAGGCAGCCUGGCCCUAUCACAGAGGUGGAUGGUGCAGUCGCCACAGACUUCUUCACAGUGCUCUCAGUUGGUCAAUAUUACACAGAGGACCAGUGGCUCAACAUGCAGGCCUUUUCCAUGCUGCGCAAGUGGCUGCUGCUCUAUGGGAGCGAGGGGGCAAACAGACCUAAUUCAGAUGACAAAUCAGAGGUAGAUGGGUCUAUUAUGUCCAUGGUUUCUGCUACCUCCACCUCCAGUCGCCUGCUUCCCCCAAAGGAGCGUCUAAGAGAGAAGGCUUUUGAAUACUGCCAGCGUCUUAUUGAGCAAAGCAACCGGCGGGCCCUGAAGAAACCAGAUGGGGACCUGCAAAAAGCCUGUCUCAUUGAGGCUGUCACUAUCAUGGAUAUUAUCUGCAGGCAGGACUCCAACUAUGUGUACCGGACGCUCUCCUGCCUGAAGAUCUUGCAUGGCAGAAUCAGUGGGGACCUUGCUUAUGCCAGGGCACUGCUGCCCAUUGCUCAGUUCUUCCUGAACCACAGUGAGACAGCAGCGGUGGAUUCGGAGGCAGUUUACAAGCACUUGUUCACCAGGAUUCCUGCUCAGCUCUUCCACAGCCCAAUGGUGGCCUUUGAGUUUAUCCAGUUCUGCAGGGACAACAUCCAGUUCUUCACAGAGAACAUCAGCAUCUUCAGACGGAGCUUCCCAAACCUUUUCAAGCUCCUAGCAUGGAAUAGCCCAGCCUUGAUUUCUGAGUUCAUGGACCUUCUGCCACCUCUGCUUGGUGCUGACACAGCCAUCGAGAUCUUUCACUUGCUGCUUGACCUGCCAUGUUUGGCGGCUGCUCUGGACAUCCAGCUGAGAUCUGCCUCUGCUCCCAUCUCUGAGAGAGCCACCUGGGAUCCUGCUGCAAAGCCAGCCAGCUGCCUGGAGGCCUUCCGCCACCCGCUCUACAGAAGCACCUUUCAGUAUCUCCUCCGCAUUGAGACCACCCCCAGAGACCCCCCUGAGCGGUUGGCUCCUCUUCGCCAGCUGCUGGGGUCCAUGGCCAACUGUCCACGGGUUGUGCAGUGUGCAGACACCAUCCCUGUCUUACUGCGGCUCUACUUCGGUGUGGUGGCAGAGUUUGCAGACAGCCCCCUGAUAAACCAGCUGGUGUUGGUGCUGCUGGAGAGGAGUGAGCAGCUCUACGAGAUCCCGGCGUUUAAGGCUGAUGUCCAUAGAGUGCUGAGCUCCCAGCUAGUGCUUCUGUGUAAGCUGCACCCCUCCCUGGUAGUGGAACUGUCCAAGGAGCUUCUGGAGUUCUCAGGAACCGUCAGCAACAUCCGGAACAAAGAAGAUAUCUUCACCUACGUGGUCUGGGCUAUUGGAGAGUACAUGUCUGUGUCAUACGACAAAAGGUGCACCGUGGAGCAGAUCAACAAGUUCUUUGAAGCCCUGGAGGCCAUGCUGUUUGAAAUCAUGCAACUCCGGCCCUCGGCCAGCAUCCCCAAGUACUCACCCCGUGUCAUCACGGUUCUCAUGACAACGCUGACCAAACUGGCAUCGCGCAGCCAAGAUUUGAUCCCCAGGAUGUCCCUGUUCCUGUCCAAGAUGAGAGCGUUUGUUCAGAGCCCUGCCAUGGCCUCGGUGUACAGUGAGGAAGACAGUGAGGAGAUCCUGACCCGGGCUGCUGAGCUGAUGAACCUGUUGAAAAUGCCCAGCGUGGCUCAGUUUGUGCUGACGCCAUCAGCAGAGGUUGCCAGCCCACGGUUUCACCGAGACACUAACGUGUCCCUGCCUCUCGCCAUGAAGACGGCUAGCCGGCUUUUAGAAAGGGGGACUGGCUUCGUGCCAGGGUGAGGUGAUGGCAUUUCUGAGUGUCCACUGCAUAGCUCUGACUGACGAGACCUGGCUGGCUCUCUGCUGUAUUUUGACUAACCUGCUGCUACUGACUCGCUUAACGGAAUAUGGGGAAGGAGGAGGGAUGAGGCUCUGCUCCAAGCUGCACCUUUCUGGAAAUGGGCAAUAAAUGGUGGAAAAGAGGAAUAACCAGA